AUGAAGACCGAUUUAGAAAAUAAAUCGCCUGAUUUUGGAAAUAACAUCAAAAAGAGGAAGAAGCAAAAAGUUUCAGAAAUGAAUCAUGUAGAUAUUAAGCAUAUUGAUGGUAAUUUGCAAGCAGUUGAUGAACAAAAUGAUACAAACAUGCUCAAAAGGAAUUUAGCUUAUGAUGAAAACGAAAUAAUUAAAAAACAGAAGAAAAACCAUAUCAAAAAAAUAUACAAAUUGAACAUUUAAAAUUAAUUAAUGGUAUUGUACAUAUUUUUUUAUGUUAUAUAUAUGUAUAUAAGAUAUGUAGAAAGUAUUAACAAAGAUGAAAAUUUCGAAGACAAAGAAGAUAUAAAUAAAGAAACGCAACAUUUGGAUGGAAUCACUUUAAGGGAAAGUUUUAAUUCUCCAAAUGGUUUAGAUAUGUUAAGAAAAUUUGUCAAAAUCUGUAAUGAAAACAAAAAAAGAGAUUUAGCUGCAGAAUAUUUAAAUACAGGUGGCAAUAUUUUGGAAAUAUUAAGAUUAUUAGAUACUUCAGAAAAGAAAGGUACUAGUACUAUUACAAUUGUAUGUGCUGCUGUAAAGAUAUUAAUAAUGAAGAUUUUAACACAAUAUCCAGAAUACCAAACUGAAGCAGAAAGAGCAUGUCAUCACUUAAUUAAUUCACAUUUAUCAUUAAUUCAUUCAAUGAUGUCUGCAAAAAGUAAUGUAAAACAACGAAAAAUAAUUUUGCAAUUACUUGCUGUAAUAGUUUCAUUAGGUGGUACUUUACCACGUGAACUACUUUCUCACCUAGCUUUACCUCCAGAACUUGUUAAAUCUUUUGUGCAGCAUACAAAACCCACAGAUGAUCAGAAUAUAAGGAACUGUUUUAUUCACUUCAUCCUUGCUUUCUUAAUAGAAGGAAGUGUACCAGUCAUUAGGUCUCUUUUGGAUAAACAGCAUUUGCUUUCUAGUAUAUUCCCUGAUCUUAUAUAUGAUUCUAAAGAUAUUGUUGCUUUAAUUUUAACUACUCUUAAAACUUAUGUUCUUCACAACUCAAAUGUAAGCAAAACUGUGAAGUUACAAAUAUUUUCAAUACCAGUUAUUCAGAAUCUUGUAUAUCUAUAUAAUUGGAAAGGUCCAAAUAAUUGGUCAAAACAUAAAACUCAAAAUGUUAUGCCAAAUUCACAAUAUCAUGAAGAAAAAAAGGUUGUUAUUGAAAUUGUGCAUGACUUUCUAAUUGUGUUAUUAACGUCACAUCGAUAUGGAAUUAUUUUUCAUGAUCAUAUGCUUGGGAUAACAAGCGUUAAACAUAAUUACAUGGUAAAUGCAAUACUUCAAAGCUUAGAUCGACCAUGGGAAUAUGAAAAACCAUCAAAUUUAGUAAUUAAAAUAAUGACAGUAUGCCCAGAUUUAAUUAAAUCUCAAUAUAUUUUAUUGGAACCAUACAUUGAACCCAGAGUUUCAGUGAAAUGGAUUAUUGUGAUAAAAUUUGUAAGGGAGAUAGUACAAUCUGUAGAUGUAGAAACUUGUAUAAAGACAAGUUCAUUAGAAUUAAAUGCAUUUCAAUUAGCUAGUGCAAUGUUAUCUUUGACUUUACCAGAAGUAAUAUUGAAAAGAGCAAUUAUGCCAUCUUUAACCUAUUCUAAUAUAAUAGUACGACAUGAAGCAGUACUUACACUUAUAUCUAUGUUUAAUCAGAUACAAAAGUGCUUAAUAGUUACAAAAAUAGUUUAUAAAGAAGAUAGUGAUUUUUGUACUUUUAAGAAGUUCGUAACAGAAUUCAUGAUGAAGAAUGUACCUAAUUUAAAUAUGAUACUGAAAGUCUGGAGUUGUGCUUUUAUAUCAGAUUUAAUUGAAGAUAACAACAAUGAUAAGGAGUACAUCCCAGAACCAAAGAAACAUGAACAUUUAAUUGCUGUUUUAAAUUUACUACACAUGUAUAAUGAAGUAUGUCCAAAACUGUUAGACACAUCACCUGAUGUGCAACCUGAUACAUUUUUAAAUGUAUUGAAUAAAUUGGAUGAUACUAAUAAUACUGAAUUUAAUACUAUAAAAGUAAAGGCUAUACAAUUUCUAUUUAUAUUGCAUCCUAAUGAAUUUUUACCAGAUAAGGAAAUAUUUAGGGAUGCGCUAUCGUUUUUAAUAGGUGUCUUAAACGAAGAAGUAUCUACAAAAGUAACAAUUAAAACUUUAUUGAAUGCUACUGGAAUGUUUGAAGGAUGUAGUGAUCAUUUGGAUAUUUGGAUUAAUGGUUUUAUAAAUAUGAAUGAUAGAGAAGAAGUCACAAAGUGGUUUAUUCGUGCUAUAAAUAAAACCGCUCAAAAUAUUGAAAAAUAUGUAAAUAAAAUAAUUGUGGCAGAAGAAAUUCUUAAUCAAGAAAUUGUUCAUGCUGGCAGAUUAGAAAACAUAUUUAAUGAUCUAAUGAAUAAGCCUAAUGUUCAUGAAGAUUUGGCGAGUAAUAUUUUGCGUAUGCAACGCUUUACAUCAUUAUCACCUCUUUUAUGUUGUAUGUUACACAAAACAAAGAAAGAUUUACAAAUUCCAAUUUUAUCUUAUCUGUCUUACAUUUUAAUACAUACGUUGCAUUAUCAAAUAACACCUCAAUGUUUAAUACAUUUAACUAAAGAUAUAGAAACAUUGCCAGUGAAAGAGUAUUUAUUAAGCUGGUUAGACGGUAAUCAACCCGUUAAUAUUAAAAAAAUACUGCCUUCAAUGACCUUAAUAUGUAAACUGAAUUCAGUAUUUUUAAAUGAUACUAGAUUACAGCUUAAUGAAAUAUUUGAUGGCAACAGUACUGUUACUUUUGAGUAUAAUAAUGAGAAUAUAACAAUUUGCCACUCUUUGUCAACAUUUGAAAUUACAUAUUUGUUCAAAAUGACUACAUUCUAUUUAACACAAUUUACUAAACGAGGUAUCCUAACGAAAAUUCAGUAUGAUAAUCUCAAAAUUUUGUUAAUAUCAUUAUUGUAUCUUGCAAAAAAUAGUCCCGACGAUUUUAUGCUUGUGGAAGAAUGUGUGAAGUCCAUUUUUACGCAUCCUAUUAUUUUGCAUUACUUUUCACCACUUAAUAAAAAAGGCAAAGACGUCAUCAAAAAUAUGAUAACCCUUAUAAUUAUUGACGUUUGUAAUGUAACAAUUGAUUUAUGUAAAAAAUAUAAUAUUAGAAGUCUAUUCUCACAUUUUAAAAAUAAGUUUCUUAUGCAACUAUGUAAAAUGAUAGACAAACAACAGAAAGGAGAAAACGUAAAUAAUUUUGAUACCGUUACUACUUUGUUAGAGGUAUUGCAAUUAACGCCGAAAGAUAUUGUAUAUUUAUUAAAGAGGAUAAUGAAAUUAGAAAAUAGUAUGUUUGUUUCAAAUGAUCAAAAAGAUUUAUCAAUAUAUGGGUAUGCGAGUCCAAAGCUUUUAAAAUUGAUAAAUAGUAGUGAAAUGAAAUCCGAACGCAAUGCAUUCUUUAAAUUAGAUGCAGAAUUUGUUAAAUGCUUCUGUUUACAUUUGCUAUUUAUAAAAUCAAAUUGUGUUACCAAUUUUGAAAUGUGGGAAACAGCUCUACAUGGAUAUCUUUUAAAAUUUUCAUUCAAUAUAUCUGGUAUUGAUACAAGUAUAUUUACAUCAUUAUUAUCAACAACAAUUACUGAAACAACUGUUGGAUUAAUUUCAUUCCUUAUUAGUAAAAAUAUAACGUUUAUACCAGUUUUUACAGAGAGUAUAAUGAAAUCUAAUAAUAUAAAAAGAGCUAAUGUUGUAUUACCACUAAUUGAGAGUAAUUUAAACAUUAAAUGGAAUCAAGAGUUUCUACAGAAUUUGAAGAAACAUCACGAAACUGAAAUUCUGGCAUACUUGUGUAAUCCAAAAAAUACCAAAUCUUGGAUAGAAGAAAAUAUUAUGGCAACUUGCUAUUUAAUUAAAACUACAUUUCACUUUAAAACAUGUAAUGAAAUAUGUAAUACUAUUUUACACAUCGGUGACAAAUUGGAUAUGAUAUCUGAACAUUAUAUAAAGCUUCUUCAAACUAUAUACUAUAAGUGUACUGACUUGGAAACAAAGAGUGAUAAAUUUAUUAUCAAUUUGACACAAGUUCUUCUCCAUAUAACUACUUUAACUUUAAAAAGCGAGUCUAAAAAUAUUCAAAAGCUUUAUAUACUUUGUGAAGCACUGAAUGAUGCAGUUAAUCGCUUAAGAGAUAAAAGGGAAGAUUUUGUAUUUGAGGCAUUAAGUACUAACCAUUCGUGGUUGCAAUUUACACGAUUUUCUUUAAAAUUUGGUCUUAAAAAAUUAAAAAGCGGUGAAGAACCAGUACCGAUAUUAAGAACCUUAAGUAUUUUGUGUAAUAUCGCAUAUAAAAAUGACAGUAAUAAUGAAUAUGUUGAAACCUUGUUUGAAAUGACAACUUCUCAUUCUGAAUUUAUUAAUGUUAUGUUGGAAUCAUCAGAUACAAAAGGGGAUUUAGUUAAAUUGUUAUGGAUUCUUAUACAAAAAAAUAAAACAGUUAUGGCAUUAACGCAUAUACCUGUUUAUUUGGCUGCAUACAAUGCUACUUUAACUGAAGCUGAUCAAUAUAUUUUACUUAUUUUGCAAUAUUACGAAAGUAAUAAUCUUAAUAUUCACGAAUAUCGACCAUAUAUAUGGGGAAAUGCGGCUACAAUAUAUUACAGUGUAAAAGGCGAAGAAUAUACGAGUUUGUGGAGGCAACCGUCUAUUUCUCAAGUUUUAAAUUUAUUUGAAGAAGAUAUAGUAAAUAAUACGAUAAAACAUUAUCCAGUGGACAGAGCUUUGAAUAAUAAUGACUUGUGCAAGACAAAUCAUGUAUAUGAUCCAGCAUUUUAUUUACCAUUAUUAUGUUUUUUAUUGUCUGAAAAUAAUGUUGUGCCAUAUUACAAAGUUGUACAGUGUGGUGCUUUAGCAUUAACAUUUGCUGCAUGUAGCAGUAAGCAUUCUGAUAUUCGUAUGGUAGCUUAUACCGUCAUUGCAAGAUAUUAUAGUCAUUUGGAAGCUUCCAGAUGGAAAGCAAAGUUGUUAUGGAUGCGACUAAUAGACGCGCUACGUUAUGGUAUUAUAUCGCAAGAGUCUAAAUUUAAUAGUGCACGUCUAAAUUGUUUAGUUUCUACAUUUUUGGCAAGAACGUCUUUGAUUGCUACGUAUCCAUUACAUCCUCUUUAUUCAGCUUUACAAACAUUUCUGAUGGCAAAACCAGCAAUGGAUAUAAAUACGAUACCAGAAUUAUUACAACUUUUUCACAGUUCUGACGUAGAAUAUAAAGAACACAGAUAUUGGAUUUUGGAAAAUAUUCGCGAUGGUAUGAAAACAGAAAGUGAAUUGGACAUUGCUUUCAAAUGUGUUUUGUUUAAAAUGCUUUUAGAUUUUUAUAUUUCUACUCUUUCAGAUGCAAAUACAAAGAAACUUAUUCUAGAAGUCAUCGAUGUUACGUUAAAAAUUACUAAAGGCUCUGUAUUUCUUAUAGAGGGUCAUGGAUUACUUCCAUGGCUAUUUGAAGUUGCAAGAAAUUCGUACAAAUAUGGAGUACAAUAUAUUGAGCUUAUAGUGAAAAUAAUGGAUAAAAUUUUGAAUAUUAUAUUGAAUAUUAAAGGGGACACCGUCCACUACAAAUUAAUGCUUUUAAAUGUUGCAUUAUGUUUAAAGUCACAUUUAGUAAAAAAUAUUAAGAUUGGUACUUUUACUUUGUAUAUCAACAUUUUGCAAACAUUACUUCUUUCGAAAUGUAUGAAAGUAAUUGUUACUAAAGAACAUAUGACAGAGAUCCUUGAAUUUUCUAAAAAUUUGUUAGAUGAUGUAGAUGAAUGUGAAGAUAUGUUACGUUUUGGUUGUGAAUAUGUAACUAAAGUACAUUGUUUAAACAAUAAUGAUGAAAUCGAAGUAGCAAAAAAUAGCUUGAGAACAUUAGUAUGGACAUGGUGUAUUCACGAAGUAAAGCAAAACAAUAUAUAA